AUGCUGAAAUACAUCGCUUUUGCAUUUCUUGGAGUCAUAAUAAUUCAAGGGGCACAUAUUAAUAGGAAUCGACGCACCGGAACCGCGGAACACUGGUGCUGUAGUGUUGAUGUUGCCCCAAUAAGGAAAAACGUUACUACAAUCGACGUAGAACCUAGACAGGUUACAAAAAUAGUAAACACUACUUACCAGAGGGACUGUCACUUUGGGGAGACGCCUACUAUCGCGGAAGGACUUCUCUGUGAGGAUAUCGUCAGCCAUGUUGUAACUACGACCGAAUUAGUGGAAGUAAAUAAAACAGUGGUAGUUGAGUACCCUGGAAGAUGUCCGCAGCACUACCUCCACUGCUGUGAUGGAUAUGAAAAAGUAGGAUCUCAGUGCCUAGACAAAGGAGCAUCAAGUUCCUUGCAAGAACUCAUUGACGCUGGGCUACUUGGAUAAAAGUUAUAUUCAUAUUCAUAUGUGCAAAUUAACAAUAAAGUACUCAGAUACGU